AGUGUAGCCCCAUCAGUGCCACCUUUCAGUGUUCAUCAAUGCCACAUAUCAGUGCCCAUCAGAGCUGCCUUUCAGUGCCAGUCAGUGCCGCCUAUCAGUGCCAGCCACUGUCGCCUAUCAGUACCGCCAAUCAAUGCCACCAAUCAGUGCCAGUCAGUGCUGCUUAUCUGUGCCAGUCAGUGCUGCCUAUCAGUGUCACCUGUCAUUGCCCAUCAGUGCCGCCUAAAAGUUCCAAUUAGUGCUGACUAUCAGUGCCAGUCAAUG